GGCUUGGAGAGCCGUGCCAUGUCUUUCCAGAGCAUCAUCCACCUGUCCCUGGACAGCCCUGUCUGUGCCCUGUGUGUGCUGGGCAUGGAAAUCUGCUUGGAUGUCCAUGGGUGCGCCCCGGAGAAGUGCGAGGCGUUUACCAUCAGCGGCUCCCCGGGGGUCUCGGUUGACCUCCACGGCACGCUCCCAGGGCCAGGCCGGGAGGGGACGACUGUGACCCGGUGGCCUCUGUCAAAUCCCACGGACGUGCUGGUGAAGAUGACCUGCCCCAGCUCCGCCAACGACGGGGACCAGGUUCUGGUCUCCUACUAUCUGCCCGAUGAGGACGCCCCCGUGGCCACGGCCGUGCUCCGCCUCACCGGGAUUGUGGUCUCCCUGGACGUGGACAUCUACCGCAGUGGGCAGGUGGAGAUAGCGAGUGACAAGCAGGCCAAGAAAAACUGGGUCUGGGGUCCUAGCGGUUGGGGUGCCAUCCUGCUUGUGAACUGCAGCCCUACUGACAAGGGCCAGAUCAUAGACCAGAAGACCACCAAGGUGUUCUUUCCAGAGGAAAUAAAGAGCCUGUCCCAGAUGACCCUGAACGUUCAAGGGCCCGGCGCCACUUUAAAGAAAUACCGGCUGGUUCUCCACACCUCCGAGGAAGAGGCGAGGAAGGCCCGAGUCUAUCGGCCCCAAAGAGACAGCUCAAGCACCUUUGAGGUGCUGCUGGGGCCCGGCCAGUGCACCUACACGUUCACCCCCCUGGAGAACAACCUGAAGGAAACCUUCUACGUGGAAGCCAUCGAGUUCCCGUCUGCCGACUUCUCGGGCCUGAUCUCCUACUCCGUCUCCCUGGUGGAAGAACCUCAGGACCCGUCCAUUCCAGAGACCCUGGUGUACAAAGACACGGUAGUGUUUCGGGUGGCCCCCUGCGUCUUUAUUCCCAGCACCCAGAUGCCUCUGGAGGUCUACCUGUGCAGAGAGCUGCAGGUCCAGGGUUUUGUGAACACGGUGAUGGAGCUGAGCGAGAAGAGUAACAGCCAGGUGGCAUCUGUCUAUGAGGACCCCAACCGCCUGGGCAGGUGGCUCCAGGACGAGAUGGCCUUCUGUUACACCCAGGCGCCCCACAAGACGCUCUCCUUGGUCCUGGACACCCCUCGGGUCCUCACGCUGGAAGACUUCCCCAUGAAAUACUCACUGAGCCCCGGGGUUGGCUACGUGAUCCAGUGCACCAAGGACCACAGGGUGGCCAGCAUGGAUUCCAUUGGGAACCUGAUGGUGUCCCCACCUGUCAAGGUGGAAGGGAAAGAGUACCCCCUAGGCAGGAUCCUCAUUGGCAGCUGCUUUUACCCCAGCAAGGAGGGCAGAGACAUGAGCAAGGCCCUCCGGGACUUCCUCUACGCCCAGCGAGUCCAGGCCCCGGUGGAGCUCUUCUCGGACUGGCUGAUGGUGGGCCACAUGGAUGAGUUCAUGUGCUUCAUCCCCACACAGGACAAGAGUGAGGGUGAAAAGGGCUUCCGGCUGCUACUGGCCAGCCCCAGCUCCUGCUACAGACUGUUCGAGGAGAAACAGAAGGAGGGCUAUGGGGACAUGGCUCUGUUUGAAGAGGUCCGGGAGGACCAGCUCCUUUCUAACGGGCGGGAGGCCAACACCAUCAAUCAGCUUCUGGCUGACGAAAACAUGAGAAAGCAGAACAACUACGUAGAGAAGUGCAUCAACCUGAACCGCGACAUCCUGAAGAAGGAGCUGGGCCUGGUUGAGAGGGACAUCAUCGACAUCCCGCAGCUCUUCUGCCUGGAGCAGCUGACCAACGUGCCCUCCAGCGAGCAGACCGGCAAGUUCUUCGCGAGGCCCUACUUCCCUGACCUGCUGCAGAUGAUUGUGAUGGGCAAGAAUCUGGGCAUCCCCAAGCCUUUUGGGCCCCAGAUCAAGGGUACCUGCUGCCUGGAAGAAAAAAUCUGCCAGUUGCUCGAGCCCCUGGGCUUCAAGUGCACCUUCAUCGAUGACUUUGACUGCUACCUGACCGAAAUCGGGGAUUUCUGUGCCUGUGCCAACAUCCGCCGGGUGCCCUUUGCCUUCAAAUGGUGGAGGAUGGUGCCCGAGCCCCAGGCCUAGUGCCGCCAGUCCUGGCCCGGCGCGAGCGGCCCACUGAUCGCCACUCCGCAGCAUUCGGGUUCCCUGCCUCACCCUGUGUACCUGUCCCUGUGUCCUGAGGGUGGCAAAUGCUGCCCGUGGGAACCUCCUCAA